AUGACCGAGGCAUCUGAGAAUGUCUGCGUGGUGCGAGUCCGUGCGCAAGUGAUGUGUCGCGACGAAGGCACGGGAGGAUGGGUGGCGUUGAGUGGUGGCGGCUUGGCGGAUGUCAUGGUGGGCCGCCGCUCUGGACACUUUGUUACUGGUAUUAGCGACGCGCCUAGCGAGAGUAGUAGCGACACAACUGCUGGACCCGCACCAAUGCUACCCUACGAGUAUUACAUACAUGGGAAACGAAUUAGCGAUAAUACGGUCGUCCUCGAAUGCACAAUACAAAAGGACUUUCAGUACCACAAAGUAAUGCCUACUUUCCACCACUGGCUUACUGAGGAGAAAAGAUUCGGUCUCACAUUUCAAACAGCAGCGGACGCACGGGCCUUCGACAAGGGAGUGCGGACGGCGCUCGAGGAGUUACUAGACGGUUUGGGCGGCUCGUGGCCAUCACACUAUUCUUACAAACAACGCCAUCUAGAGCGGAAAGAAGAUGACGAAGAAAAUAAUAUCUUUGAAUGUCUCAAUCUGCCCACGGACUCACGGUCAAGUUCAGAGAACUCCACAGCUAGCCGUGUAAGGAGAAAUGGUGAUUCGCAGACUCCUAUUCUGUCGGCUAUCACGUUGCCCACAAGGCAUCCAUUGUCAGAAUCUCUGAAACAAUACGAAACGCAAUUCGCUGAAAAAUCUAUCGAAGAAGAAUCCGAACGCUGCCCUUAUGUACAACUGUCUGCUGUCCACGAAUACACUUAUCCCCAAGUCGGUGCUGGUGGCAUCAUUAGUUCUGAGAAGUCUUCACCGAAUACAAAGCCGACGCUUUUAAAGAGAGAUUCAGGUUCUAUAAAGAAAUGUACAUACAGCGGACCACCACCACUGCCCGAUAAGAAACCGACUGAGACUUUUCAAGCUAGACUAAAAUGCAGGCAUUGUCACGAGUGGUAUUUGGAGAGUGCGAACAGGAACGGGGCUUGCGAGUAUGCGCCGGAUUGCUUCAAGAGUUGCAUAGAUCACGUCAGCUGUAUACAAUGCGCGCAGUGCAUGUUGUACCACUGUAUGUCGGAUUCCGAAGGCGACUUUGCAAUGCACCCAUGUGCCUGCACAGCGCCGGACGAGAACUGCGCUAAACGAUGGAUAGGUAUUACGUUACUAAGUCUCGUAGUACCAUGUCUCUGGUGUUACCUGCCUCUACGCUGUGUGCACAAAGCAGCCAGAUCAGCAAGAAUAGCUGGCGGUCCCCACGCCCCUAUGAGAAAAUAG